AUGCCUUUGCGAUUAGACGUGAAAAGAAAACUUUUGGCUCGUUCGGACCGUGUUAAAUGCGUGGAUCUACAUCCGUCUGAACCAUGGCUUCUUGCUGCCCUCUAUAAUGGUAAUGUACAUAUCUGGAAUUAUGAGAACCAACAGCUUGUUAAAUCUAUCGUAAUCCAUCCAACGCAAUCGUUCAUUAUCACAGCAAGUGACGAUAUGAUGAUAAAGCUUUGGGACUGGGACAAUAAAUGGCAGAUGAAGCAAAGUUUCGAAGGACACACACAUUAUGUCAUGCAAGUUGCUAUUAAUCCAAAGGAUAACAACACAUUCGCCACAGCAUCACUUGAUAGGACCGUAAAGGUGUGGCAGUUUGGAAGUCAGCAGCCGAAUUUUACCUUAGAAGGACACGAGAAAGGAGUAAAUUGUGUCGAUUACUACCAUGGAGGUGAUAAGCCAUAUUUAAUCUCUGGAGCAGACGAUCACCUUGUAAAGAUUUGGGAUUAUCAGAAUAAAACUUGUGUCCAAACUCUAGAUGGGCACGCACAAAAUGUCUCAUCUGUAUGCUUUCAUCCUGAACUCCCCCUCAUCAUCACUGGUAGUGAAGAUUCUACAGUGCGCCUGUGGCAUGCGAACACAUAUAGAUUGGAGAGUACUCUUAACUAUGGACUAGAGCGUGUUUGGUGCAUACAAGCCCAACGUGGAUCAAACACAGUCGCCAUUGGUUAUGAUGAAGGGUCAGUCACACUAAAGUUAGGACGAGAAGAACCUGCUGUCAGUAUGGAUCAAUCAGGAAAAAUUUUGUGGGCACGUCAUUCCGAGAUUCAGCAAGCAAACCUCAAAACUCUUGAUGCUGAAGCUUCUGAAGCCAUCCAAGAUGGAGAGCGGUUACCUCUCUCAGUCAAAGAUUUGGGAGCUUGCGAAAUCUAUCCUCAAACACUUUCCCACUCUUCCAAUGGACGUUUCGUCGUUGCCUGUGGAGAUGGAGAGUAUAUAGUUUAUACUGCGAUGGCCCUCCGUAACAAGGAUUUUGGACAGGCAUUGGAAUUCGUCUGGGCUUCUGAUCCCAAUAUGUUUGCUAUUCGUGAGUCAGCCACUUCUGUAAAAAUCAAGAAAAAUUUUAAGGACUAUAAACAAAUUCGAACCGAUACUGUCUUAGAAGGUAUCGAAGGAGGACCACUUCUUGCUGCUCGUUCACCUUCUUCUCUUUGUUUCUACGACUGGGAGACGGCACAAUUGGUGCGCCGAAUUGAAAUUGCUGCAAAGCAUGUGUACUGGAGUGACAGCGCAGAAAUGGUCGCUAUUUGCGGUGAGGAGUCCUUCUACAUUCUCAAAUAUAACACAGAAGCAUUUGCGAACGCUACUUCUGACGAGAUUACCGAUGAUGGUGUGGAAGAUACCUUUGAAGUAAUUGGUGAGCAGAGUGAAGGGGUUAAAACUGCAUUCUGGAUCGGAGACUGUUUUAUUUUCACUACUUCCUUAAAUAGGCUUAAUUAUUAUGUUGGCGGUGAAAUUGUGACAAUCGCUCACAUGGAUAGACCUCUCUAUCUGCUUGGUUAUAUGGCAAAGGAAUCACGUGUUUAUGCUGUGGACAAAGAAUUGAAUGUGGUUUCAUACAAGCUUCUGCUAUGUGUGCUAGAAUAUCAGACGGCGGUUAUGAGAAGAGAUUUUGAGACCGCUGAUAAGGUCUUGACAACGAUUCCCAAGGAACAGCGUACACGUGUGGCUCACUUUCUUGAAAAGCAAGGAUUUAAGAGACAAGCUCUCGCUGUUUCACAAGACCCCGACCACAAAUUUGAUCUUGCUUUGGCCCUUGGAGACCUCAAGACUGCAUAUGAUUUGGCUAUUCAUAGCGACAGUGAGGAAAAGUGGAGGAUGCUUAGUCAGGCUGCUACGCUAAAAUCUGAACUAAUGCUAGCUGGAGAAUGUCUUGGUCGUGCAAAGGACUAUGGUGGACUGUUAUUACUUGCAACUUGUGCAGGAUCUGCUCCACUUCUUACUAAGCUGGCAGCAAAUUCUGCCAUGGAUGGGCAACAUAACGUGCAUUUCACGACAAGCCUCUUACUUGGAGAUGUAGACGCUUGUAUCGAAGCUCUCAUUAGUACGGAUCGUAUUCCCGAGGCUGCGUUUUUUGUCCGUACUCACUGCCCGUCACAGUUGCAGCGGGUGAUGAGUCUUUGGAAGGAGAAAGCUGAUCGUCUCCAAAAGAACACGUCACGAAGGAUCGGCGAAUCACUUGCUGAUCCUGUUCGCUACGAGAACUUGUUCCCAGAAUGGUCAGAAUCUAAAAAAGCUGAAUCUUAUCUACGAGAACUGUCCAAGCUCUCUAUGCCGGCUUCAAUUCAAGCACCAACGAAUCAACGAAGAAAUGUUAUGGACGAGUUGAAGACCGCAUUGAGCACUGGUGCUGUAACUUUCGAUGAAGCUGGUCAAGCUCAUCUUCGUGGAGUGCCACGGAAAACUCCACCACUUAGCGACACUAGCGAUAAGGUUCCUAAUUCUGUGCUGAAACAUCCUCCUACUGUAGCUGAGUCAGUCAGUGUUGUUCCUAAUGUUUCACAUACUCCAGCUCUAAAGGAGCCAACUCCUGAGCAAGGAAGUGAAAAUGGGAUUCAGCUUUCUGAUGACGAUAGCGAUGGUCUUUCUCGUGAAGCAGUAGCUGCAGUUGCUUUUGCUGCCGAACCGGAUGUCGUUAGUGAACGACCUCGGCCAGAUGUUGUCCCUCAUCAUGGCGGGCCAGAUUUACUUCCCCAGCACACACCUCAGCCAGAGGUUGUCGUGGAUGCGGGUGAAGUGCGGUGGUCAGAUGACGAUUUUGGGGAUACCGAUGAUGGCGGUAACGACAUAAAUUUAGAUGAUUUGAAUUUGGACGACGAGGAUUGA